UUCUAUCCUAUACAACAACCAGCGCGCCUCUCCCCACCCCUCUUCCCCCCGGUCGCUACUAACCAAACGAACUACGCAUUGCAUUUCCAAACCCUAGCUGUCGAUUCCCUAUCGGAGACCGCCGCUUCCUUGCAUGGUAGCCGGACAUGGCUUCUGCCUGCGUCAACAACAUCGGAAUGUCGCCGGAUAAUUUUCUCGACUGUCCGUCGGCAUACUCCUCUUACGGUUGGUUGAGCCCUAGGAUUUCCUUCAGCCGGGAGCUUACGGAGGACACGUCGUCCAAGGUCGCCACAGAGAAGUCUGACAAGCGGGAGGGAGGUUCUGAGAUGUCAGAUCUCGAGCCUGCUUGUAAGGAUGUUGGAGAUUUCGAGUUCCGGCUCGAAGAUCCGGUGAAUGUGCUUCCCGCCGACGAGCUUUUUGCGGACGGGAAGCUUGUGCCGCUGCAACUAUCGAUAGUGCGGCCAGUGGCCAGGGCCGCGGAGGUCAGAUCGCAGGAUACGCCGAAGGCUCAUCGGAGAGAGGACGGUUCCUGUGCGGAUCCGUAUUUGUUCUCGCCGAAGGCCCCGCGGUGUUCUAGUCGGUGGAGGGAGCUUCUAGGGUUGAAGAAACUGUACCAGAACAGCAAUGCGAAGCAGGAGCACCACAAAUCGUCGUCGACUUUGACGAACAACUCCAAGUCUCUGAAACAUUUUCUUCACCGGAGCUCAAAAUCUUCGAGCUCCGCUCUUGAUUCCUCUCUGAGCCUUCCUUUGCUCAAGGACUCCGACAACGAGUCCGUUUCGAUGUCGUCUCGGUUGUCUCUUUCCUCUUCUUCGUCUGGCCACGAGCACGAUGAUCUCCCAAGGCUCUCGCUCGACUCGGAUAAGCCCAAUCUCGCCAAAAAUCAGACCCCGAACACUAACCCGCGCCGUGUGAGAGUGCUGAAGCAAAGGGCGCUUUCCUCCGAGAACCCAACCGGCGCGAGAGUCGGCAGAAGCCCAAUGCGCAGAGCACCGGACUCAACUACGACCACGGGCCGUGGAGUCUCCGUCGAUAGUCCUCGCAUGAACGCAUCGGGAAAGAUAGUGUUUCAAGGCCUAGAGAGAAGCUCAAGCAGUCCAAGCAGCUUCAAUGGCGGUCCGAGAUUCAAACACAGAGGAAUGGAGAGGUCGUAUUCUGCCAACGUGAGGGUCACGCCGGUUCUAAACGUUCCGGUUUGUUCUCUCAGGGGGUCUUCAAAGUCGAGCAUGUUCGGGUUUCAGCUCUUCUCUUCUCCCCAGAAGAGGGACGGCUGUUCGGGUUCCGGCACCGGAGGAGGAAGCAGAGGUCAUCAACAGUGUAACGGCAAGAACAGGACGGAUCGAGCUUGAUCCAACAAAUGGGCGGGUAAUGUAAUACUGCUGACAUUGAUUUAGAAGUUCUCAGUUAACGAUCUUUAUUCCGUUUGAAUCCAGGUUCAUUUCCUUCUUUUUAGAUCUUUAGUCUAUAAUAUAUAUAUAUAUAUAUUAUCCGGU